AAAGGGUGCUACUGUUGAUAAUUUUUUUAAAAAAGCAAGUUGCUUUUCACUUGACCCAACACCACAAUUUAGUGCAGAAGUCAUUUCCAAACACUGCACAAGUCUCUCUGCUUCCAUCUUCAUCACUAUCACUGCUGUCUCAACCCAUUUAAAAAAGCAGUUUUGCUUUUAUUUUAUUUCCUUUUCUCUUUUUUUCUUCCUCACAGUCAGAGCAAAAACAGCAACAUGAUGUGUCCUUCCUUUCUGCUUCUUUGUCUUUCUCUGACUUCUUCUUCUCAUCUUGCUAUUAGAAUACUACACGAAACCCAUUGUAGCCUCCCUCCUCUCUCUCUCUCUCUCUCUAUCUCUUACCAUUCCUUCUUUCAAGAGCUCCCCCUUCUGUAAGUACUACUACUACAUCUUGUGUGUUCAUCUGAUGAAGCGAGCUCAUGGAGACUUCACUCCUUCCAACUCUAAUCCUUUUGAGGAUCCAAAAAUCAGAUUUAGGCACCAUAGCCUUUUCCAAGACUAUCAAGAACUUCAUAUGGAUACUGAAGCAAUGAGAAAAAGGUUGGAGACUAUGCAAGAGAGAAAGGCAACACUAAUGGCCGAAGUCAGGUUUCUGCGGCGGAGGUACAGACAUUUGAGACAAGUGUCCCAGCCUGUUAUGCAUCCACCGGAUGUUAAUAAGGGCAGAGGAAGAUCAAAUGGUGGGAAGAAGAGUAAGAGGCAGUUAAUCCAAGUGGAAGUGUCUCCUGAUAAGACAAGUGAAGCAGAAACGAAGCAUGUUUCACUUCCUGACUUAAACCAUUCAGGAGAGGCUCAUCAUGACGAAACCAAAACCAAAAAAGUUCCAUUGUUCGAUCUAAACCAGAUAUCUGGAGAAGAAGAGGAAGAGAUGAACAAUAGCGAAGAGAGAAUGAGAGUAGAAGAAAGCCAUUCGUGUAAGAGAAUGAGCAGCAUAGAGAUGCUGUCUUGCAGGAACGGUGGAGACGGUUCACAUAAGAGGAAAAGCUCAUGGCAAGAUCCUGUUGCAGCUCUUAGAGUUUAAAAGACAUCAAAGUCAUGUUGUAACAUAGCUCGCACAUCAAUUUAGCUUAUCUUCUCCGUUGAAAACAUAUCCUUGUCCAUUCUUGAUGUGGCCACUUAUACAAGUGACAUUUGUAUACUA